AUUAGCAUUACGACUCUAUAUAUAUUGCAAACGAGAAAGUCUCGUCACUCACACAAUCACGUCUUUCUCGCUUUCCAUCCCUCACUCUCGAACCCUCUUUCCCUUCCUCAUCGCGUAGUUUAGUAAAUAUAUCCGCAUCUCCAUGGGAUUCAAUGAUAAAUACAACAAUGCUGAUGGAAAGGACCCAGAUUUUGGUGCAAUCUUUAUGUCAAAUACUGAAACGAAAAGGGAAUGCCUCAGGAUGGGGUUAUUUGGCCUCCCAUCAACUGAAAUCCAGUUUGUAGAGCAGGUUAAAGCCGGAAUGAUUUUGUUCUUAUUUGAAUAUGAGAACAGACAGCUUCAUGGUGUAUUCAAGGCUUCUUGUGAUGGAGGUAUCAAUAUUGUGCCUAAUGCUUUCACAUCAUUGCGGAGACAAUGCCCUGCUCAGGUUAAGUUCGUUCCAAUUUGGUUCUGCAAGCCACUCCCAGAAAAGGUAUUUCGUGAUGCAAUCAGAGGGAACUACUUUUCUGCUAACAAGUUUAACUUUGGGCUAUCUGAAAGUCAGGUCCAUAAACUUCUAUAUUUGUUCAGCACAAGAAAGCUAGAACUGGAGGUUCCCGAGAGAUCAUUGACCAGAACUGAAGAUUUGAAAUCAAAGUGGUACCCACAAGGCAAAGUUGGAAGAUCUGUUGAUCAUGGAAUGCAUGUCGAAAGUGUUCAAAAUGAGCAGAUUGUGGGUGAUAACAUAUCACCCACAAUAAUGCAUAAAUGCCAGGGAGAUUCUUUACAGUACAAUGGAGAUGUUGAAUAUUUUGGAUUAAAUGCAGGUGAUAUUAUUGUAAAUAAGCAAGGAAGAGCUGCUCAGCUUGCGGUGGAUGCUACAAAUGGAUAUGUUAGAGACUAUUUGGCAUUAAAAGAUGAAAGUGGAUUUACGGCACAUGAGAAUGAAGAUUAUAUGGAUGCCUGUCACAGGCCAAACAUCAUAGGUGGAUACUCCAAAAGUCCAUCUGAUAAAGUUCGAGUUUAUAGUGAUGGCUGGUUAUCAAUUAGUGAUAGGUUCAUGAAUGAAGACCUACGAAAAAAUGAUCCGAGGAUGGUAUUUUCUGAUGAUAUUCCUGGUUUACAUAAUUCUGAUGUCAACCAAUCUGUCUUUCACAGCAAGCCUAAUUUAGAGCAUAAUUCUUUGAUUCAAAAUCAGCUUAGGCCGACUUCUACUAUGAUUCACCCAGUCCAGGCACAGAUCUUAAACAAUUCAUGUGCAGCACAAGGAGAUGCUAGUUCUAAGAGCACCGCCCUUCUGUAUGAUCCAGAUGUUCCUGGUUUAAAUUUUAGCCGGCCAUCAUCUGUUGGAAUCAAUGAGGGUGCCAAUUCAAUAAUGGAAAGCAUUUCUCCGUCAAACAACUUCAGAAGGAGUUCCUUGAGUAGCCAACCAUGUCUCAUUCAUCCAGAACUGAAAGACAUGAACAGAUGGCACAAUGAUGGUGGAGGCUUUCAAGAUUCUGUAUUGUAUAGUAGUAGCAACAGGGAUUGCAUGCCUCUUAGUGCAGCUCAAAAUUCUGACCAGUUGGGAACAGAAUCUGUCAUAUACGAGGCUCGCAACAUUCCCUCCUUGAAGUAUUCAUCAUGUCAUAUUCCUCCUUCAGAUAUUGGAAAUAGUACCAGGAUACAUGAGCCCUUUUCUUCCUUGUUCCAUAAUCACCAAUCAAGUUUAGGCAAUAGUGUUCAUUUGACAACAUUGCAAGAAAAUCUGAGUCAUGAGAUAACACUACAGAGAAACAAUGAAAUCUAUACUCGUGAUGUUCCAUGGACAAAUGAGGGUCAGUCCCUUGAUGGUAACCCAGUAAUUCAUGAAUAUGAUAUUGGAUGUUAUGGUGAUUCUAAAAAUAAUAAUUUUGGUCAUCCAAAGAAAAAAAGUAGUGUGUUUUCUCGUUUAUCUUUUAUGCAGGAUAUUAACAAACCAAAAAGUGGAAACAGUGUGCGAAAUGACAAAUAUGACUUCUAUACUUCAGUUGAUGAAGUGAUGGAAAGGAUUCGUCAGAGACACAACCAGUGGAUGAAAAAAAGAAAGCCAAAGCCUAAGCAUAACAAGGCUGAAAGUUUGAGGGAUAAAACUCAAUCCAUUAGCUCAAGAAUGAAGAGUGACUGCUCUGAAGAUACAUUGACAGAUCAUGGUAUGGAUUUGACUACUGAACGUGGAGGCAAUACUAAUAAAACAGCUGAAAAACUAUGUUUUGUUGAUUUCAAGCGUCGAAGCAAAGUGAGGAAACUUAGUGAUGAAAAUGAAAUCAAAAGCACCAAUGAGAGUCAAAAGAGUGAGAAUUUCAUGGUUGUGCAACCAAAGAGAAGAAAGUUGAUCCGCCCAAAUUUUAGCAACAGUACUACCUCUCAGAAGGGCAUCGACCUUGGUGCUUCUCAAUUACAAGUACCAUCGUCACAUGGAACUUAUAAUGUUAAGGAUGUUAGUGAAAGCUGUUGCGCAUUGGUUCAAACCAAGGAGGAUAACAUUAAAGCAGAUGCUGAAGCACAAAACAUUAUUGAUCAAACACAUUCACAAGAUAAGAAUAGCAGUCAUGCCACAGGAUGUGCCUGCAGCGUAGGAGGCAAAAGAGCAACUGAUGGUGCUCUUACUGCAUUUAAUGAUAGAUCAAAUUGUCUGGAGAACAUAAAUAACCAGAAUGUUUUUUCUUCAGCUUCUUGCAAAGACAAGAGUUGUCAUAUCAAGAAAGGUUUCUGCACGAUGGAUAAUAUAAAAUCAGUAUCUGCGGACACAAAGUCAUCCCAUUCAAUUUGUCAAGAGCAUCAUGUAGAUAAGAUCACAUGUGCUGGCAGAGAUAUUAAUGCUGAAGAAGAAAUGCCACAAGAUUGCAGCUCGACCUUUUCUAAUGAAGUUAAAGAUACAUCUGAAUAUUUACAGAACUCUGCUAACGAAAAAGCUCCAACUGAAACUUAUUGUCCUAUCAAAGAAGGUUUACCUGUGAUGAAUGAUAGAAAAUCAGUAUCUACAGGUACAAAUUCACUGCAUUCAAUUUGUCAAGAGCACCAUAUAGGUAAGAUCAUAUGUGCUGGCAAAGGAAGCAAUACUGAAGAAAUGUCAAAAGAUGGUGGCUCAUUCGUUUCUGAAGUUAAAGACGGAUUUCACUGUAUACAAAACUCCGCCAAUGAAAAUGCUUCAAUUGCAACUUCUUGUUUCAAGGAAGGCUUGUGUAUGAUCGAUAGUACAAAGUCAGGAUCCUUGGGAGCAGAAUCACUGCAUUCAAUUUGUCAAGAAUCUCGUGUUCAUAAGGUUAUAUUUGCUGGUCGAGCUAUUAAGACUGAAGAAGGAAUGUCAAAAGAUGGAGGCUCUUCCUUUACUUCUGAAGUUAAAGAUGGAUUGAAAAGUUCACAGAACUCGGGCAAUGACAAUGCUCCAAUUGCGACUUGUGAAGAUAAGAUGGCUUGAGCAUUAUUUUUGGCGCACAUUUGUCAUUCUAUAUGAUGGCAAGUUCAGAAACAUCUAAACGAUGAUAUGAGAAUUGCGUUAGACCUUACUGUUAUUUUGGGAAGGCUGCAAUUAGUAGGUGAAAAGUUGUAGAAUUUAUGCUUAGCACGCAAGUUUAGUUUUGCUUCAAAUGUUGAAAGAAAAAAGAUGUUUUUAGAAAGUUCAAAUGUCAAACUGUUGCAGUCUAUCGAUUUCCUUGCAAGCCUGAAGCGUUAAAUAUGAUAAGUACAACUAAAUUUAGACAUUAAUUUACACUAUUAAUAAGUUUAUUUUA